AUGUGCAAUUCAGAUCCUUCUUCUCCAUCCUCAUUUGUCUCUACUAAAAAAACCCAUUUCUUAAACCCCAAUAAAUCUGAUGAUUUUUACAUAGAUCUUGAACAAGAACUUGUUAGAUGGCCAACUACUUCUGAGGCCUUUGAAGAAAUCAAGGCCAUUGGAAGUAUUUCUGGGCCAACAGCAAUCACAGGUCUGAUAUUGUAUUCGAGGGCUAUGAUUUCAAUGCUUUUUCUUGGAUAUCUUGGGGAGCUUGAGCUUGCAGGGGGAUCCCUUUCCAUUGGUUUUGCAAAUAUAACUGGCUACUCUGUAAUCUCUGGCUUGGCUAUGGGUAUGGAACCCAUUUGCGGACAAGCUUAUGGAGCGAAACAGAUGAAGAUUCUUGGCCUUACUUUACAAAGAACUGUGCUUCUUCUACUUUCUACCUCCAUUCCCAUCUCUUUCAUGUGGCUUAACAUGAAAAGAAUACUCUUUUGGUGUGGCCUAGAUGAAGAAAUCUCAUCAAUGGCUCAUACUUUCAUCGUUUUCGCCAUUCCAGACCUCUUUUUCCUUUCACUCCUUCAUCCUUUGAGAAUUUAUCUAAGGACUCAAGGCAUCACUUUACCAUUAACCUAUUGUUCAGCUAUAUCUGUUCUACUCCAUGUACCACUGAAUUUUCUUCUAGUAAGGUAUUUCAAUAUGGGGAUUGCUGGAGUUUCAUUAGCAAUGGCAUGGACUAAUCUUAAUCUUUUCCUAUUGCUAUGCUCAUUCAUUUACUUUUCCGGAGUGUACAAGGACUCGUGGGUGGCUCCAAGCAUCGACUGCCUCCGGGGAUGGUCUUCUUUGCUGGCUUUAGCAGUUCCUACUUGUGUCUCAGUUUGCCUUGAGUGGUGGUGGUAUGAAUUCAUGAUCAUGCUUUGUGGGUUCCUACCCAACCCCAAAGCAACAAUUGCUUCAAUGGGAAUUCUAAUCCAAACCACCUCUUUAGUCUAUGUAUUCCCCUCAGCCCUCAGCCUUGGAGUCUCCACUAGGGUUGGGAAUGAGCUCGGCGCCAGAAGGCCGGCAAGAGCCCGGAUAUCAAUGAUAGUCUCUCUUACUCUCGCAGUGGCAUUAGGCCUCGCCGCCAUGUCGUUCACGACAUUAAUGAGGCAUCAAUGGGCUAAGUUCUUUACAAAUGAUCCAGAAAUCCUUGAACUCACCGCGGUGGUGCUGCCGAUAGCUGGCCUCUGUGAGCUUGGAAACUGCCCGCAAACCACCGGUUGUGGGGUGUUGAGAGGAAGCGCAAGGCCGAAAAUCGGAGCAAACAUCAACCUAGGCUCAUUUUACUUGGUGGGAAUGCCAGUGGCCAUUUUAAUGGGAUUUUUUUUGAAAAUGGGGUUUGCUGGGCUAUGGCUAGGCUUGCUUUCAGCACAGGGAUCAUGUGCAUUGCUCAUGUUUUAUGUUCUGUGCACAACAGAUUGGAUUGUUGAAGAAGAAAGAGCAAAUAAGCUGACAACAGAAUCAAAUAUGGAAACUAACAGCAAAAUGGACAGUAAUCUUGAUGAGAUUUUGAGCUCUAAUAAUGAUGAGUUUGUGAUGAAGACAGCUUCACUUGAAACAGACCCUCUUACAACUACACAAAUUCUGCAUUAA